AUGACAUUAAAGGACCUUCCUCGCAUGCUAGACAAUGCUGAAAGGAACUGGGGAUUCCGAAUUGAUCAUACACGUGUAUAUGUGAUGGAAAAAGCUCUGCAACAGAUAGUGGGUUACCUUUUCCUUCACCUCAAUACAAUGGCACGACAAUCUGCAGCUGUUGAGAAGGUUGUGGGUGUGUUAUCAAUAUCUGUAAAAGCAGAAAUAUUCAACAGGGAAAUGGACCGCGUUCCUUGUACGAUAACAAAUUUCAUUUGGCCAGACAUUUGGUAUGAUGCUGUCUUGCACACCACGCACAAUUCUUUUGACCAGGAGAAGCAGAAUCUGCUGCUAUUCUUCUUCUUAGAUUAUACCGACGUAUUUUGCUCUGAGCUCCCCGAAAUACAUGGAAUGCACCAAACCAUAAUGCGUGAAAUUGAUCAAAUUUUAUUUCUAAACCAGUCCAUGGUGAGAGAAUCUGUUCAGUCUGUGAUAGAUGAAGCUCUUCAAGAUUUCUCGAAGGCAGACUUAAACCACAGAACCCUGGAACGUGCUGGUUUUGUAACUGCUGAGGCAAUAAGCAAUAUAAUGUCGAACAGCACCAACCACGUCUUCCGAAAAUCGUGUUCUGAUUAUUUGCAGGACUGCGAGAAACACUCAGCUAUAAAAACCAUACAGCACAUGUUCUUAAAAGCUGCUCGUAACAGAGUUUUGAAAACUAAAGACUGUGACAGUGGCAAAGAAUUGGCAGAAGAUAAGCAAGCAGCCCAAUGUGGAAAAUUCACCAUAAACGCAAAGUCUACCAACUCAUCUGAAAAGCAUGGUUGUAAUCCAGGUUGCUCAAAUCAUCAUUUAAAAAAAAGAAGACGCGUUAAAGAAACAUCAGGAGAAGAAUCCUGGCAAGUUGAUAAGGGAGAUGAUGACUGGCUCAAAGAAGUGUAUAACCUGUCCAACUGGUAAAACAAGAAUCACAUCUUUCUAGAAGAGUCUGAUGUCAAAGUACUAAGCGAAUAUUUAUGCAUCAUCAUCACGGUAAUCUCUGC